GCGAGACGAGAUAGUCCCAAUGUCACCAAACAAGGCUAUAGACCAGUGGAUCCUCGAACAGACAAGAUUAGACAGAUGCAACGCUGGGAAUAGGAACAUGUCCUACAUCCGCGCCACUUAAAGAAUACAAUAGAAGCAUCAACCAGGGAUGCGUCAUUCCCUCAACGUCGGAACAACAUGUUUGUCAUGCGCCAGACCUACCAACGACGGCCUCUGGUCGUGAUCCUCCUCUGUUCACUUCUGAUAUGCACCCUGUGGGUGUUUACCGGACAGGAACGGCCAACAUGGCGCCCUGCGGAAGACCCCGAGAGAUACUACUCGCGGCGCCUCGCCAAAGCGACCAUGCUGUAUGGGAAGCCAAACCCCCUGUACGAACGAGCGAUCGACUCCCAUGACCGCCAUGCCAGACGCUGGGGGUAUCCCAUGCAUGUCUUGCGCCAGGACAUCUCUGUCGGGUUCUGGAAUAAACCGAGUUAUCUGGUGUCGCUGGUGAUCCAGGAGAUGGCGAAGCCACCGUCUGAGCGGGUGGAAUGGUUGAUGUGGGUCGAUGCCGACUCAAUCCUCAUCAACGGCGCCGUCCCCCUCGAAGCCUUCCUCCCGCCCUACGACAUCAGCGAAGACGUACACCUCGUCGCAACGCGGGAUCACAACGGCCUCAACACAGGCAUCAUGUUCCUGCACAUCCACCCCUGGACCAUCAACUUCCUCAUCGAGGCGCUCGGCUACCCGCUCUACAAACCCGACGCCGACCUCGGCCGCUCCGACGACCAAGAAGCCAUGGCGCGCGUGCUGAGGAAUUCCAACGGCGGGCUCAACGGCACGGGCUACGCCGACGGCGCGGUGUUCCUGCCCCGGACCUGGAUCAACGCCUACGAGUGGCAGCACGCCUACGAGGGCAAGCGCGGGAACCUCCUCGUGCACUUCCCUGGCUUGGGGGACCAGCGCUGGGUUCAUAUGUCGAACUGGUUGGAUAUUGUUGAGCGCUCGCCGCUUAGCUGGGAGGUGCCGUUUGAGGAGACGGAGUACUAUAAUGGGACGGUGGCGUUUUGGGACCGCAUCCGUGAGGCGAAACAGGCGAUCAGUAUUGCUGAGCAUAGGUUUAAUCGUCUGUCGACGGAUAAGAGCAAGGCGCCGAUGGAGGCUGCCGUGCGUGAGCUGAAGAAGGUGAUGCAGCAGGAGGCGGACAAUACGGAGUUGUUGGUUCAGCGGUUGCAGGAUCUGAAGUCUGUUUUGGACUUGAUUUGA